GCUGUAAAAAUAUUUUCUUUUAUUUUUCCCAUUUUAUCUCAUUUUCCUUCAUUUUAUUUGCUUCUUCUGCAUAAUUUCUGCUUCAUUAGAGUCUCUUUUCUGUGCUCAGUGCUGUGGUUCUGUGUGCAAUACGGUGCCAAAGCGCGUAAAGUGUGAACGAAAAGUGAGAGGGAAUUUUCUGGGAAAAACUCCAGUCUCUCUCUCUGUGGGAAAGUGCCAAACCGCUCCCAGCGUGAGGAGGAAAAGUGUGUGAAAAGCGGCGUGGAGAGUGCGAGGAGUGCAUUUAGUGGUUCAAUUGGCCAGUAAUUGAGUGCGCCAGCAUAGAAGAGUUGAAUGGAGUGAUUCAAUGAACUUAUCAGCGGAAUUGUGGAUGACUCAUGGCAAUUGUUAGUUUCUUUUUACACCAUUCCAUCAGUCAGCACGUUUCGGUGUUGUAACAUCGCUGAAAAAUCGUAUUUGGCACAGUUUGUGAGUUAAUAAAUAGCGCGAGGAUGGAAGGUGACACAGUUCCACGUCCUGUUCCCCGACCUCGAAGGAAUGUCCAGCAGAAACCUGUGCCGGAGGAGCAGGGAAAGAAGUACGAGAAUGUCUCCAUGGACAGCAGCAAAACCAUCUUCAAUAUCACAGAAGAGAGCCAGGAAGUGUCGAGAGUGGACAAGAAUGUGGAUGAACUGGAUAAUCCGUACAGGAAUGUCAUCACAGAGAUGAAUAAUCUUAAUCUGGAGAUGAAUAAGAGCCUCUCGUCCGACAAGAAGGUCUUCCAAGACAGUGAGGACUCGAAGAAGCCUGUUCCAGCGCCGCGGAGGCAUCAGAACGCCUCAGCUGAAGGUUCAGGUGCCGUGAGCAAGAAACCGACGCGAAAGGCUCCUGGAUUGCCAUCAAAGAGCUCAAAAGAGGCGCCACAGAAACCUGCUCGGCGCACUUCUCGCGACAACCAGACAAAGUUGUAUCCUGACCUAGAAGAGACUCCUGAUAACGAUGCGACACUGGAGAAAUCCGCAUCCAGCAGCACGCUGAACAGCUCACACUCCAGCAACGAUAAUCUGUCCAAGUAUAAAACCUCAUCGCCCGGGGAUAUUCUCAAGUCAAUUGGGGCAACGUCAAAACUGCUGACGGAAUCAAUCACCGAACGCGUGUCGGCACGGACAAAAGGGGCAAAGCACAAGUUUGAUAAGAAUGUUCAGUCUUCCAAGGAGAAAUUGUCUUCGUGGGGCGUCGAGACCAGCUCAAAGCUGAAGAAUGUCCGAUCGAGAUUUAAUGUAAUUGGCAGCAGUGGAUCGAAUUUAUCGCUGGGCAGGCAAGACAAGCGAUCGCCGACAUUUGAUCCGGAUCGCCCGCAAACACUGCCACCGAGCGACACGGUCUUCCAGUCGAUCCAAUUCAACAGUCCGCUGCAGAGCAAGACGAACAACUGUGACGACAUCAGCAUGGCUGAGUCAUCAUAUGAGAUUCCCAAGAGCAAAGCGUCUCUGACCAGUGAGACGUCUGAAUCUGGCGCUGCCAAAUCCAUUCCCAGUUCGCCGAAGUUGAGUGGCUUCGAGAGGAACAGCAACAUGACACAGAGCAUGGUGAGUGGCGGAGGAAAGCCACGAAGACCGCCGCCGCCAGUGAUGAGAAUCCGCAGUGAGAGUAAUUUGUGUCAGGAUUCAGAUUCCUCCGUCGAGGGCUUUCCAUGCCCAACAAUCCCCGCGCCAGUGCUGAAGCAAGAGCCACCGUAUGGGAAAAUCAACAAGUCUCAGUACACAGACAGCACGGAGAGUGACUCGAUGGAGAAUGUGCAGAUGAGACGCCAUGAGGACUAUGAGAAUGCCAGCAUUGCUUCCAAUAGAGCCACAGUGGAUCCAACGGAUAAACCACUCUAUCCGCGUCUCUUUUCCCGUCUCGCCAGUGCUGAUUCCUCCCUUGAGGACUUCUAUGAAUCCCGGAAGAGGGACAAGAAGAAGAAGAUGGAGGAGAAUCCGAAGAAGUGUGACUCUUGGACAUUCUAUGAUAUUGCUGCCAAUGAGGAGGAGGAGAGAGAUAUGAGCUCUCCUGAGCCCAUUUAUGCCAAUCAAGAGCCAGUUUAUGGACGAUUGUGUGACAUGGAAUCGCAAAAGGGCAUCAUAAUGCCACAGAAAGUUAUACAAAUGCAAGCGAAGAGGAUUUCCUCGAGGAAUCCCAAGGAUAUCAUUGAUGAAUUUGAUCCACUCUUUGCAUCGUCGGUGGAUGAUAAUUUUGGCAAUAAGAGUAAUCAGUUGAUUUUGCUGGAAAACUUACUGUCAGAGGAAACUUAUGGAUCAAUUGAUGAUGAUAACAUCACUGAUGAUCUGAGCAUAACUCCUGACUUGUCUGACGAUGACAAUUCCAGUGUUGACACGGGUGUGUUGGCGUCAGAACGGAGUGAACCAAUUGCUGGACCAUCGACGAGUCAAUCGGAGGGGAAGAGAAGUGUGAUUGUUCAUCAGAAUUUACGCUUGAGAUCCGACAGUACGGAGAAUAUUGUGGAUGAGACGGAGAUAGAGCCGUAUUUGGCGCAAGUGGAUGAGGAUCAUUUCAGUGCCGAAGGAGCUGCAGCUGAUUUGAGACGACCUACAGCGCCAAGGACAAAUUGGUUUGUCGACGAGGCGACGGCCGUGCGAGAGAAGUACGCCAAGGAGCAGAAUAUCGAUCCGGCGAAUAAGAAUGAUUUGAGCGGUGGCAGCAAGAAGAAUCAGGAUAAAGUGGGCAAGAGUAUUCCCAUGAUUCCACCCAUGGAUCCGCCAUCGUACCAGCAGGCGCUGCGAGAAGGCGCCAAUCCUCAGGUGAUUGGGGAGAAAAGUGCCCCAAUAUCUGCUCCUCAGACUCACACUGCUGCUUCUGCUGUUCCACCAUCUUCGGGCUCUUCAAUGAUGUCACGCUUCUCGAAUGUCUUCCAAAAGGGUAAGAUAAACAUUCUGCGCAAAUCAAGCUUCAAGUCGGGGAAGAAGGAUGUUGCCACUGUGCUGGAGAUGUUGCCAAAGCCGGCAAUUAUUCCGAGAGGAACACGCUUUGAGGGAUUGUUGAUAAGAUUGCCAUCGGGAACGGGAGUUGUGAAGGAUAUUUUGAAGGAGUUUCAGAGUAGAUUUGUAAUUUUGCAUGAGCAAAAGUUCUCAACAUUCCUCGAUGCGAGUCUCAAGACGCCGAAGGAGACUUUUCCACUGGAUCACGUGACGACCAUUCAGAUUGUGUUGAACCACAAGUUCAGCAAUAGCACGACGGAGAAGCACUGCUUCGAGCUAACCGUGGCCACGCCCAAGAGUCAAUCCAGCAGUCAGGCACUGAACAAUCCCAACAUGGUGAUGACAACUAACAACAGUGGCAACAGUAAGUUCCAGAGGGUGUGCUAUCUGUACAGCGCCGCCAAGGCGUCGGAGAGGAACAAGUGGAUGCAGAGGGUGAUGGAGAGCAUGACGGAUGUGUUUCCGUCUGGCGUGACGAAUGACUUCACGCGGGCGGGAUGGUGUUACUUGAAGAAGUCCAUCACGGCACAGUGGUCAGGAGCGUGGCUUCUGUUGCAGCGUCGCAAGUUGAUCUUCUACAGCACGGCGGAGAAGAAGCUGGAAGUGAUGGAUCUGCGGAAGGCCAGAUGUCUCGUACUUAAGGACUCUGAUGACUCCAUCGUGAAUCUACAUGUGGAAUCUGGACCACUGCUUAUGAUUGACUGUCCUCCCUUCACCGUGUACUUCAUCAUGAGCUCUCCGCGCGAGACGAAGAUAUGGCGUCAUAUUGUGAAAGAAGAGGCGCUGAGGAAUGGAAGUCUGUUGAAGCAUCAACAAUUGACGAAGGAUAAUGUGCCUGUGUUGAUUGACAAGUGUGUGAAUUUCAUCUAUGCUCAUGGAUCGAUGUCGGAGGGAAUUUAUCGGAAAUCUGGAACGGAGAAUGCGAUUCAGAAGUUGUUGAAUGCUUUCCAUGCGGAUGCAUUUAGUGUGCAAAUCACACGAUCUGACUAUUCUGAACACGAUGUGGCGAAUGUGCUGAAGAGAUUCAUUCGUGAUCUGCCCGAGCCAAUGUUGGGCAAGUAUACAGUGGGAUUUCUCAGUGUUUCCUCAUUGAAAUCAGCCACAGAAAAGGUAGAUUCUUACAAGCAACUCCUUUCACGAUUGCCAACAAUUGAGUAUCAAGCGUUGCGGAAGCUUCUUGGUCAUUUGAAUUUCAUUCAAUCACAGAAGCAACAGAAUAAGAUGAGUUCAGAGAAUUUGGCCAUGAUUUGGGGAUCAAAUUUGCUGUAUGAUAAAGAUUCCACAAAUGGUGAAGUGAAAUAUUCCAGUCAGGAGACAUCAACAAUGCACGAUUUAAUUGUGUACUACAAGAAUCUAUUCCAUCCCACGGCCGAUGAGGUGGCAAAGGAGCAAAUUAUGCUGUCGGUGUUGCAGAAAUAUCACGCCACGGCGGAAAAUCUCGCGGACACGGUGAAAAAGUCGGGAGAUUUGAAAGUGUGGGUGACAAUUGUUGGGGAGAAGAGUGGCGAUGAGAAGCAGCAAGUUAAUGUGUCGCUCACACCAACCAAGACGGUGUAUGAUUUGUGCAAAGAACUCGCGGGGAAAAUCAAUUUGCCACCUCAUCGAGUGACUCUGUCGGAAAUUCUGCUGGGCGGAGAUCUGACAAGGCCACUUCAUCACACAGAAAAUGUCCUUAACAUUGUCCUAAGGUGGACAGAUUGGUCAGAUGUUGACCGGAAAGAUAAUUAUCUGGAACUCCGACCAACAAAGUUUCUCUAUGACGUCGAACGUGCGCUGAGGAAUUUACCAACAGUUUCGCCGAAUACAGAAUUGAAGUUUGCCGAUUGCAAAACACGAACACUCAAAGCGUUCACGCUGGAAUUGCUGGAUGGCAAGAUUUCGGUGAUUAAGAAGGAGAAACAAGGCGAUACGACGAAAGUGAAGGAAAUUGAUAUGAAGAAUGUUGUGGCGUAUUUGGGAUUCGAGAAGAAGCGCGAAUGCCAAGUUCGAUGGGCGAUUACAUUGGUGGAAAAUGCAUUUACUAAGCGAAACCGAGAUUCACCGUUUAUGGGUCACAUUUUGGCGGGCACCAAUUCCAAUGACCAGAUAAUCUGGUAUUCAAGUAUUCUGUACUGUCUCUACAAGACGGAUAUUCUCCCAUCGCCAGAGUUAAUUUUACCAUAAAUUUAUACACACAGAGGAGAUUUUUACACGAAACCACUGCAAUUUUGCCAUUAACCAUGCGCAUUAGAUGAUAAGGAUUUUCCCUAACAAUCACUCGCAUAGAAUUUCUAUCGAUUUUAUAUAAUAUGUAGUAACAUAAUAUAAGAAAUGAUGAUGAAUUUGGGAAACAUUGGAAAUGCAAAUUGAAUGUGAUUUUUACAAGAGAAAUAAAGAGAGAGAGAAUUGAGCAUAGAAAAUUACCGAGAAACCGGAAAGAUGACAUAUUUGCAAGUGUUGAGAUGAUGAAUAGGUAAACAACAUAUUUUACAUUUUAUAUUGUACACAUAUAUUUUACAAAUAUAUAUCAUAUUGAAAAAAAAACAGCAAAUCAUCAUUUUUCUUUUACCUCAAAAUUCGUAAGACUCGAAUGAUUUCCUCGACAUAAACAUGCUGGUGUGAUCGGCUAUUUGGGGCCCAGAAACAUAAUUCCCUUCCGGAGAGUGUGUGUCUCAAAAGUUGCCGUUAAAGGAGGAAAAAAAGCUCUGAGAAAAGGAACGAGCAAGCAUUUUAUAUUUUUCCAACACUAACAAGUCCAUCUCU